GUUAGCAUUAUCGAGAGAUAAAAAGAGUGCAACCUGCUGGACAAACGAUGAUCAUCCGAGUACGGACGCAUGCAGGGGUUUGGCGGGUGAACGACGUGGCGCCGGACACGACGAUCAAGGAGCUGAGGCAGAGGCUGAGCACGGAGCACAACGCCAACCUGUCGGACGACACUCGGCAACCCUUGACGCUAAAGCCGAACCCCCGGGGGGACCAGGAUACGCUGGCCCUGGAGUCGACGCUGCAGUCGCUGGGACUAGGGCACGGAGACAUGAUCCACCUCAACCUCGAUGAAAGCAUACGGGAUAUGGCGCACGAGGAGGCCGGAGGGCCGAAGCGAAUCAACAAGGACGGCACCAUCGAGCAGCAGUCGUUCGACGAGAUCUCCAACAAGACGGGCUUCCGACCAGGAAUGAUGAGCCUCAGAAGCAUGAAGAUGAAGUGGACCCUGGCGGACUUCACGGAGAUGAACGACCAGUUCACCUUCCGCCUCAAGAAGCCCGAGAAGGGUGUGUGCACCAAGGUCAGCCUCGACUCGGCGGCCUGCAACAGCUUCCAGUCCUUCGUCAGACAGUUCGGCUUCCACCGAGCGAGGAUGGGUUAUCUCUACGGGCACUUCACGGACGACGACACCAAGGUCCGUGUGGAAUGCGUGUACGAGCCCCCACAGGAGAAUUACCCGGAGGGGUUCCAGGUGUCGGAGGACCCAAAGGCCGACACGGUGGAGGCGUUGGCGGGACUGUUGGGUCUCAAGAGGGUGGGGUGGAUUUUCGCGCACCCCCCAAGGGAAGAGGGCUUCCUGUUCAGCUCCGCGGAAGUGGUCACGGCGGCCACGCUGCAGCUAGAGGCGGCGGACGGGGUCAACGACACCCCCUUUGUCACCGUCAAGGUCACGGCGGAGGAGGACGGUAGCGCACAUUUCGACGCCUUCCAGGUGUCUAAGCAGUGCAUGGAGAUGGUGGCCGAGGGGGCGUUGGAAGUCGGCGAGAAUCCUGGGCACUGCAUGGUGCCGAAGACGUUCACGGCGAUCGUUGAGAUGAAGGAAGCGAAAGAGGUGGACACGACGAUGUUUCUGAACACGGUCCCGAUCGAGCAGCACGAGAGCGCCAAGUUCCUGCACGACUUCCCCCGCGCCAACCGCGACGGCGUCAUGCAGACGUGGGACGACGUCAAGCGGCAGCUGGGGAGGGCCGGCGGGCAGGGGUUCACCUACAUGGACGUCCUGUCGGACUUCCACCUCCUCCUGUUCCUCACGGCAUUUUUGGACAUGCAAACCGACAUGCCAAAGAUUUGCGAUUCCGUCGUGGACAGAGAGAAGCCGCUAGACGACGGUUUCAAGUUCUUGAUCAACAACUUUGCCGGACUAGACGCGUGA